AUGAAGGAGCUGCGGCCAGAGCUCAUAGCGACACACUCCAGUGACGUGCGCGUGUUUGAGGGCCACGCCUUCCUGGUGGAGGCGGCCGUCAGCGUGGGCGGCCGCGACAUGAAGCCAGGGCUCAACAUAUACAGGUUUGCCAACCGAAUCCCGCUGCUGUUUGAGGGUGGCAAUGACGUCAUCACCAAGACCGCCGCCAAGAGGGUCAACUGGGCCACCUACAAGAUCAACCAGCACACAGACAAGGUGGGGGUGUACGUGAGCAUCGUGUCCACCAAGAUCCCAUUCAAGGGUGCGGGCAAGGAGUACAUCGGCGAUGACAUCGAGGAGAUGGUGGCGGCCGUCAAGGCGGCCCUCAUGGCCUGCGGGCUGCAGCUCAAGCCCGCAUAA